AUGGUUGGUUUUGAUCCCUCCACCGAAGACCUCUGCAAAGCUUCUCCCAAACUCUCCAAGCCAGUGAUUGCAGACAACCCUCUUGCCACCGUGCUUGAUGAUUUCUGCCCACCAAUGGUCGUUAAGAAGUUUACAGAUUUUGAUUCUAUAGACGAUUGGGUUGUUGACUACGAUCCAAUUGAAAUGCCGAUUGGAGGAAAUGACCACUGUCCCCAUGGCUCUGUUACUAAUACGAUUGUUGAAGAAACCCUCACAGGAAUAGUUCCUGGAGGGUUGGAGUCGGAAAACUUGGAAGAGUUGGAUGGAAAGGGAUCAGAUGAAUGUGUGGCAGUUGUUCAGGACAAUGGCUCUGGUAUUAAUACGAGUGUUGAAAAAACCCUCAAAGGAACUGCUGAUGAAAAACCAUCUGUGGAAGGAGCAGUUCCUGGAGAGUUGGAGCAUUUUGGUUCACAAUUAGAGGAGGAAAUGGGGAAGUUGGAAAACUUGGAGCUGUUGGAUGAAAAGGGAUCAGAUGAGUGUAGGGAAGUUGUUCAGAGUGUCACGGUAGGUGUCCAGAAUGUCACUGAAGAAACAGAAGUUGCUGUGAAUGGAGAGCUGGGGUUUAAGGUUUCUUUAGUCACUAAUGUGGAAAAGCCAGAGGCAAUGACUGGCGUGAGUGGCUCAGAGAGUGUAGAACUCAGUGAUGGAGACGAGAGUGAUAGUAGUUCGGGGUCAGAGAGUGACAGUUCUUCCUCGUCGUCUUCAUUUUCUUCAAGCAGUGAAGAAGAGGACGAAGAGGAAGAAGAGGAGGACAAGAGAGACACGAUGGAAGUUGGAGAAAUUGAAGAAGGUGAAAUAAGGGAUCUUGAUAAUGGGAUUGCUGCUGAAAGUGAUAAUGAAGAAGGCGAGGGUGUACUGAGAAGACCCAUACGAUCAAAUAAUGAGCUUGAGAUUCUCCCUCCAGUUCCUCAUGUGGAUGUUGCCCUGGAACCUCAUCAUCAGACCGUGCCUGUUGGAGUUAUUUCAUCUAUUAUGGGAACAAAGGUUGUCGUGGAAGGGCUAGAGAAGCACAACCCCCUUAAUGAGGGUUCUAUCAUCUGGAUCACAGAGGCUAGGUUGCCGCUGGGGUUGGUAGAUGAGAUCUUUGGACCUGUCAAGAACCCUUAUUAUGUUGUACGGUACAAUUCAGAUGAGGAGCUUCCUGCUAGAAUACAUGAAGGGACCCUUGUGUCCUUUGUUGAGGCUUUUGCUAAUCAUGCCCUCAAUGACAAGAACCUUUACAGGAAAGGUUACGAUGCAUCUGGUGAGAAUGACGAAGAAUUUUCUGAUGAGGUUGAGUUCUCUGAUGAUGAAAAGGAGGCCGAGUACAGAAGAAUGCAGAGGAUGGCAAAACGAGGGACAGAUGAUCGUCAGCAUGUGAACCAGGAUUUAGUGGACAGGAAGAAAUAUCAACAAAAGGGUGAAUUCCAGAAGAAAAUCCACCCUUCAGCCACUCCAGACUCACAACCUCCUGCUUAUGGCAGUCAGCCGUGAGGAAUUCUAAACCAACGGCAUACACAUGCACCGACUGUUGCUCAACAAAAAGGUGAAUUCUUGAAGAAAAUCCACCCUUCUGCUUGUGGCAAUCAGCCACGAGGAAUUCCAAACCAACACCAUACACAUUCACCAUCUAUUGCAGCACCAGUUGGUUGUGGUGGUGGAAUUCCAAACCAACACCAUAUACAUGCACCAUCUGUUGCAGCACCAGGUGGUUGUGGUGGUUGUGCUUGCUCUCAUAGCACUGGACCAGGCAGUGCCGGUAUGUCUGCAUUUGAUCCAUCUGUUUUACAAAUGGGGAAGGCUACCUAUUGUCCACCUCAGCAUUUGUUAGCGUUAAAUAAUGGUGUCUGGCCAAAUGGGAUGCAAUCUCAGCAGCAGUAGCAUCAUGCAAUUUUCCCAAAUAU